UCGCCCCUCGAACCCUAGCUCCUGCCGCCGCCACCCCCCACACCCGCAGCCAUGCCGCCCAAGCUCGACCCGUCACAGGUGGUGGAGGUGUUCGUCCGCGUGACCGGCGGCGAGGUCGGUGCGGCCUCUUCCCUUGCCCCCAAGAUUGGUCCGCUCGGUCUCUCCCCCAAGAAGAUCGGUGAGGACAUCGCCAAGGAGACGGCCAAGGACUGGAAGGGCCUGCGCGUCACCGUCAAGCUCACCGUCCAGAACCGGCAGGCCAAGGUCUCAGUCGUGCCCUCCGCCGCGGCGCUCGUCAUCAAGGCUCUCAAGGAGCCCGAGAGGGACCGCAAGAAGGUCAAGAACAUCAAGCACAGUGGCAACAUCAGCCUCGAUGACGUCAUCGAGAUCGCCAGGACCAUGAGGCCCAGGUCCAUGGCCAAAGAGAUGGCCGGCACCGUCAAGGAGAUCCUCGGCACCUGCGUCAGCGUGGGGUGCACCGUCGACGGCAAGGACCCCAAGGACCUCCAGCAGGAGAUCGACGACGGCGAGGUCGAGAUCCCGUCAGCUUAAGAAGGCUUGCAGUCGAGGAGGUUGCUAUGUGAGGCUGCUGAAGUAGUUCUUUCUAUCUAGAUGUUUCCUGAUUCAGUUGAGGGGGGGUGAUACAUUCAGUAGGACUUCAACUCUUGAUGAAGAAGAAACUUCUGUCAUGCUUUAGUGGUUGAGACUAUUUUUGUCAAGCUUUUAUGAACGUUCACAAGCAAUAUUGAAGUUAUUAAUGCGGUUAGAAAUAUAUGUUGUCCUGCUGAGUUUUGUUGGAAAGUUUGAUAUGUUGAGUAUAUUGCUGGUUUACUGAUUAA